AUGGAUGAAGAAUACGAUGCCAUCGUCCUUGGCACAGGGCUGAAGGAAUGUAUACUGUCGGGAAUGUUAUCGGUGUCAGGCAAGAAAAUACUUCAUAUUGAUCGGAACAAUUAUUAUGGUGGUGAAUCGGCUUCUCUUACACCACUUGAACAACUUUAUGAAAAAUUUUUUGGACCGAAUGCGAAACCGUCUACGGAUAUGGGAAGAGGUCGGGAUUGGAAUGUUGAUCUAAUUCCUAAAUUCUUGAUGGCAAAUGGAUCACUUGUUAAGCUUCUGAUUCACACAGGCGUGACGCGUUAUCUUGAAUUCAAGUCUAUUGAGGGGUCUUACGUAUACAAAGGUGGAAAAAUUUUCAAAGUUCCAGCUGAUGAAAUGGAAGCUUUAGCUACAAAUUUGAUGGGAAUGUUCGAAAAGAGACGUUUCAAAAAAUUUCUCGUUUGGGUGCAAAAUUUCGACAUCAAUAACAAGGCUACGUACGAGGGUUUUGAUCCUGUUGUGACUACAAUGCAGCAGGUUUAUGAGAAGUUCGGUUUGGAUGAAAAUACAGCGGAUUUCACUGGUCAUGCAUUGGCACUGUAUCGAGAUGACAAUUACAAGAAUGAAUUAUUUGUGCCAACAGCUGAAAGGAUUCGUUUGUAUUCCGAUUCGUUAGCUCGAUAUGGAAAAUCGCCAUACCUAUUGAGUGCAAUUUAUGGUGGAACAUACAUGCUUGACAAACCUGUUGACGGUAUAGUUUAUGAAAAUGGGAAAGUUGUUGGUGUGAAAAGUGGUAAUGACAUUGCGAAGUGUAAACAGGUCUAUUGUGAUCCGUCAUACGUCCCUGAUAAAGUGAGGAAAAUUGGGCAAGUUAUUCGAGCCAUUUGCCUUCUAAACCAUCCAAUACCGAAUACUAACGAUGCGCAAAGCUGCCAGAUAAUUAUUCCACAGAAGCAAGUUGGACGCCAUUGCGAUAUUUAUAUUUCUCUGGUGUCUAAUGCAAAUAUGGUGGCACCUAAUGGGUGGUAUAUUGCGAUGGUUUCAACAACUGUGGAAACAAAUAAUCCUGAAGCUGAAAUUUUACCAGGACUGCAUUUGUUGGGUCCAGUUACCGAGAAGUUUGUGAAUGUUUCGGACGUCUAUGAGCCGACUGAUAUGGGUGCUGAAUCGCAAGUCUUUAUCUCACGUUCUUAUGAUCCAACAACCCAUUUUGAGACAACCUGUAAAGAUGUUUUAGACAUAUUUCAACGUGGUACUACCACUGGAUUUGAUUUCACUAAAAUUACGCAUCUCUCACUUGAAGACCAGGAGUGA